CCUUGUCAAGCUUCGUCUCAAUUCAAGAUCCAGAUAAGCCGCAACUGCAAAAGGGGAAGCUGUUAUUCAUAACGCCAGCAAGAAAAGGCCUGGAGGAGGUUGUAAAGCGGGGUGAAGCGAUCCAGUAAUGUCCAGACACGUCGGCUGCUUGGCCAGCCACGGGGGGGCCGAGGGCAGAUACGAGACACCCCCAGCUUCAGAGCUCCAGAGACUGUUGUGGACGAAGAAAGGCACAAACGGACAUCUAGACGAGGUCCAUCCCAGGAUUUACAUAGGAGACAUGUAUGCCGCCAAAGACAAGAGGACACUCCAGGCUCAUCACAUCACCCAUGUGCUGAACGCCGCCGAUGGGAAGUUCAACGUGAACACCGGCGCCAGCUUCUACCGAGACAAAAACAUCACAUAUCAUGGAGUGGAGGCUUUUGACAUGCCAACCUUUGACAUGAGUCCUUUCUUUCAUCCGGCAGCCAAUUUCAUCAAGAACGCUUUGAGUUCGCCCGCAGGUAAAGUGUUGGUCCACUGCGCGAUGGGCCUGAGCCGCUCGUCCACCUUGGUCCUGGCUUACCUGAUGAUCCAUGAAGACAUGACCCUGGUGGAGGCUAUGAGAGCAGUCAGCGCCAACAGGAACAUCUGCCCGAAUGCCGGCUUCCUGGAGCAGCUCCGAGGUCUGGACAGAAAACUGCACUGCUAGGAAAAAACGACAGUGACCUUGAGCAUCAAUACUACAUGGACUGGAGACACUUAGGGAAAAAAAAUAUCAAGGAAUCCAUUACUUUUUUUUUUACCCACCUUUCUGUAA